AUGGAAGAAGAAGUACAUUCUCCUAUAGAUGAAGCAAUGGAAGAAACAACCGCGCCGUUGCUAGAGUACACAGAAACAUUGCAGAUUUCCUACAGUCCAGACAUGGAACACUUCGAGGACGUAAAACAAUGCCGCUGCGAUGCUUGUAAAGAUACCAUCGAAUCAUUGAAGCACAGCAGCUGGCGUGGAGAAGUACGCAGAAGGAAGAACUAUGGACGCCAAGAAAAGGAGCUAGUAAAGCGCUUCCUCGAAUUUGCUAAGGAGAUGAAGAUCAAGCUCAAAGACACAUGCGCGAAGGCGUUAUUCAGUUCGCCCAUCGAGAUCACUGCCCUUGCACCGGGCAUUUCGAAAAGGACGAUAUGCCGUAUGGGACACACGCGAGCGCCAAAUACAGAAGGGAAUGUUCACACCAGAAAGAAGAGGAGGUUGGCUGCCGUCAAGAAGCAUGGCCCAGCCUGGGGCGAAAUCGUCAAGCAGACAAUCCAUCAGAAGCUGCGAGACGAAGAAGGCGUAACCAUGAGAGACCUUCUUCAAGAAUUGUCCUCAGCCCACGAGAACUUCACCUUAUCGUACACCACGCUGUACAGGCUAGUCAGAGGGCUGGAUUUUUCCUACAAGAAAAACCAAAGGCAGAGAAUAAUUUUUGAAAGGUCUGACUUAGUCGCCAAGAGGGAGCGAUAUCUGAAAGCUAUAGCUCUGGCAAGAGAGAAGGAAGAGUAUUUGGUCUACAUGGACGAAACUUGA